GUUUCGCGUUUUAUUCUCUACUCGACGCCUCCCCAGGCUUUUUUUCUGCUCCCUUUUCGUCUCCGUUCCACUCUCUUCCUCUUCUCUCCUCUCGGCUCGUGGCUUUGCUAUCUCGGAUCCGAAAGGAAAGGAGCAUGCACAGGCCAGCUGACGGGGAUUUUGGAUUAGCGUUGAUUUGUGAUCUGAGGAGGUGUGAAGACGUGGAGAUUUGAGUACUUGGAGGUGGUGAUUCUAGUGGUGCUGUAGAAUUCGAGAUUUUCUCGUACACUGGUUGGUGUUUCUUUUUUUUUUGCUGGGCGGGUGGGGGUGAGACUUAAGUGGAAAAAAAUAUCUUUUGACCGGAGUUUGUGGUGAUCUCAUGCUUUAUUGGGCACUCGACUAUCUCCUCGGUCGGAAUGUGUGAUCACUGAGGGGUCCUCUGCUCAUGCUGUGGAGGAUCCCGUUGCAGGAAGAAGCUUAAAUUAAUGCUAGACUUUUCUUUUUUAAUCCUCUUUUGUUGGUGGUGCGUUUUCGGUGGCGCAUGCUCUCUUCCUCCCAUGAAUUCCACGAGCUUUUGUGGUGAAGGGAAAUAUUGGAUUGCAAGGUCGUUAGUUAAGCUAAGGGCUAGAGAUUGAAGUCUUGGUUGAGAGUUGGAAGUGACUGAAGAAAAUUGUUAGCAAUCUUUUCCGGGGUAGUUCUUUCGAAGGAUUGAGAGAAAAUGUUUUCUUCGGGGAUUGAUUCUCAACAAGAGCCCAGUGGACUUGCGGGGGCCAUGCUAGUUCCGACAAGGUUUGUGUGGCCAUAUGGUGGGAAAAGGGUCUUCGUAACUGGCUCUUUCACAAGGUGGUCUGAACAUUUACCAAUGUCUGCCGUAGAGGGUUGUCCUACAGUAUUUCAGGCUAUUUGCAGUUUGACACCUGGUUUUCAUCAGUACAAGUUCUAUGUUGAUGGAGAAUGGCGGCAUGAUGAACAGCAACCUUUCGUGACAGGGAACUAUGGGAUAGUGAACACUUUGUUCUUAACCAGGGAACCUGAUCCUAUACCUGCAAUAUUGAGCCCAGGAACACCUGGCAACAGAAGGAACAUGGAUGUAGACAUUGAAGCCUUUCAGCAUGUGGUGACAUUGUCAGAUGGUGCCAUGCAGGAGGCAACUCACAGGAUUUCAGAGACUGAUAUACAGAUUUUUCGCCGUCGCAUUUCUUUAUUCUUGUCUAUGCAUACUGCUUAUGAUUUGCUUCCAGAGUUGGGCAAAGUUAUUGCCCUCGAUGUUAAUUUGCCUGUGAAGCAAGCUUUUCAUAUCCUCUAUGAGCAGGGAAUUCCUGUGGCUCCUUUAUGGGACUCCUACAAGGGUCGAUUUGUUGGUGUGCUUAGUGCAUUGGAUUUCAUAUUAAUUCUGAGAGAGCUUGGAAAUCAUGGCUCAAAUCUUACUGAGGAAGAGUUGGAGAAACACACAAUAUCUGCUUGGAAAGAAGGAAAACAACAACUUUACAGGCAAAGGGAUGGACAUGGGAGACCAUGUCAACGGGGCCUGAUACAUGCUUGUCCUUACGACGCUCUGAAAGAUGUGGCUUUAAAGAUUUUGCAAAAUGAAGUAGCUACAGUUCCAAUUAUCCAUGCAUCACCACAGGAUGGGACAUUUCCGCAAUUGCUGCAUCUUGCAUCCCUUUCUGGAAUUCUAAAAUGCAUCUGCAGGCACUUUAGACACUCUUCUAGUUCUUUGCCUAUUCUACAGCAACCAGUUUGCAAAAUUCCCUUGGGUACAUGGGUUCCAAAAAUUGGCGAUCCAAAUGGGUGUCCACUGGCAAUGUUGAGACCGACUGCAUCACUAAGCUCUGCCCUCUCUUUGUUGGUGGAAGCCCGAGUUAGUUCAAUACCGAUAGUUGAUGACAAUGACUCGUUGCUGGACACAUAUUCAAGAAGUGACAUCACGGCUUUGGCUAAAGACAGAGCUUAUGCACUGAUUCGCCUUGAUGAAAUGAGUAUUCAUCAGGCUCUUCAACUUGGGCAAGAUACAAAUUUUCCAUAUGGAUUUUUCAAUGGAAAGAGAUGCCAGAUGUGUCUCCGCUCUGAUUCUCUGCAGAAAGUGAUGGAGCGGUUGGCAAAUCCUGGGGUGCGGCGCAUCAUCAUUGUCGAGGCUGGAAGCAAGCAUGUUGAAGGCAUAAUUUCACUAAGUGAUGUAUUCAGGUUUCUUCUUGGUUAGCCUGAAGCAUCAACACAUGCUCGUAUGCAAUUCAGGCUAGUGGAACAUUUCACUUUUUUUUGUGAACGGGUUUGUUAGCCGACUUUUUUUUGGCUGAAGGUGUCGUGAUGUUUUUCUUCAGUAGGCCUCAGAGGUUUAGAGCCUGUUCCUUUUUUUUAAGAUGCAAGGCCACCGGGGGUCUGUAAAUGUUAGGAUUUUUUUUUCCUUUUCUAAUUCAUUUUGUCCAAUUUAAUACCCUGAUCUCCUGAUUGAUAUUUGAGAUUGUCCUUUUCAUGUGCUACCAGAGCAUGGGCAAAGUACAUCAUAAGCUGCUAACAAAUAGGCAUAAAUGGAAUUGAUUUGAAAGGAUGUAAGCAAAUUUGGUUUUAGCUUUGUGAGAGAUGGUGCUGGCUUCAUCUAAUGCCAUCAUUAGUGGUGGGGCGGGAUGUGUACGUAUGGUGUAUUCCAGACGGAGAGUGAAGACAAAGUUGUUAUUUCUGGAUUUGAAGCAAAUAUUUUGUACUGCUUGCGGUUUUAUAGUUAAUUAUAUAUACUGCCCUUGACAAGUGCUGGAAAAGGUUUAAGAUGGUGUAUAAAGUUGGCUGUGCAUGUAAAGAAACAUUUAUCAGUGAAUUGCUUGCACACUGCAGUUUUUGUUC